UUCAGUUGAGGGCUCGCGGUCUUGGCAUAUCAGAACUCAAGGUCGGCUACGAAGCUGAGCUCCCGCCAAGAGUUCGGACUUUGCACCGUGAUGGCGCCGGCGAUCACCAGUUUUGCCUCUUCAUAUGAUCGCCCGCUUUCGACGCCGGGCUGCGGCGCGGGGUUCGGCGCGCAGGACCGCGGCGGCCUUCGGCGCGUGCAGUCGGCGCCAGUGCUGUUCCCCGAGCCCGUGGUGCUGUGCCCCGUCUGCCCCGCCCUCGCGUGGGCCGACAUGCUGGAGCUCGACUUCCUCCUCCCCGACGACUCGCCCAGUUCCUCGAGCGACGAUGGUCUCUCGGCCGUCCUGGCCGGGCUCGAUGUUGGCAGGCCCUCCACGAUUGGAUCGCGCCAGCACUCGCCGGUUGCUGUUUGCACGCCGCUCGGGCUACCUUUCGAGUCGCCAUUCGACGCGCUGCCGCUCAAGGUGCUGGCAACUUCCGAUCGGGCGGUCAACUGCACCCGCACGCCCCUCAGCACCAAGGCCAGGCCGUUCGUCGCCGCGGGUGCUGCCGCGGCCGAGACCUUGUUGCAGCGGGGCCCCGACGGGGGCUUCGCGAAAAAGUACGACUUCGUGUACAUCCCGACUGAUUUCGAGACCACUCGUACCCGCGGCUUUUCGUUUGUGAACUUGACCAGCCCAAGUCACGUGAAACCUUUCUUCGAGACGUUCGAUGGUUUUUUCGACUGGCAGUGUCAGGCUUGCAGGAAGGAGUGCCAGGUGUGCCGGAGCGAAACACAGACCUUACAGUCCAACAUCCUCCGCUACAAGGACAGCACCAUCAUGGACCCAUCGGUACCCGAUGAGUACAAGCCGAUUAUAUUGAAGGAUGGCGUGCGCAUCCAGUUUCCGCAGCCCACCCGAGAGUGCCGCAAAAUUGGCAAGAGUUUCGGAACCAGAAAGGGCUGUCGAAGGACGAUGAAUGUCGCAUUCCGUGCAACAAGGGACCUCUGCAUGUGAGCGCAGAAGCCAUUUCCAUUCUGAACGUCCCGUUCUAUUCUGCCUCAUUCGCCUUCUCGUCGGCGUCUAGUUUCUCCUUGUCCUCCUUCUUUUUUGUCAUUGCUUCCCGAUCACCGCACAUCCCCGAGGCUUGUCUCAGCUGGCGCAGCGGGAGCAAGCCACUUCCCCGGCUUGGGCUGCGCCGUGCUCCCCCCGGCCACGACGGCAUGACAUGGCUUCGUAGCCAUGACUUCUUGGCCUAGUGCCAGCCUGCUCGAGCUUGGUCAAUGGCAACCUUUUCAUGGUGAGCUUGCCUCGACCGAGUCUUGUCAACAGUGACUUGCUUUGUUGGUCCAGUUGGAUUACUCAGCGGCAGUGGCAUCUCGUCAGUGGCUGUAGCUAGGCGGUUGCUACUUGCGAAUGUCUAAAAGCAUUGUGUUCCUUCUAUAUCAAGUCUCUCCCAUCCGAACUGGCAGGGACGGGGCAACAUACGUGUUACCACGUUGUCUCCUGCUUCUUCUCGAACCGCGGGCAGUCAGCGAGCUGAGAGGCCGCAGACAGUGUGCAGCGGGCUCGGAUGGAUUUAGCGUGCCUUCUGGUGUGCCAGUAACGCAGAAAAGGAGGGG